CUUUUCGGUCAAGGUCACAGAGUGCUCUUGAUAUAUCUUUUUAAAAUACGCGUGGAGCGAUAAUAGAGUUUGGAGUACAAAUCAUUAGGUAUUAGCACAAGUUUAAAUCCUAUGCCAUUGUAUAAUAUCAUUUACUAGAAAUAAAUGCUUUUCAGUAGUAUUUUUUAUGUUAAAUUGGUUAAGUUUAUUUCAUUUUUAUUCAGGAUUUCUCUAUCUGAGUACAAUAUAAGGUCGUUUCACGAUGGGAUCCUCCGCCUCAACUGAUAAAUCAGCUAGUCCCUCCCCGCCUACCCAGAAAAUAUAUCCCUCAGAAUGUCCCAUGCAUAACCAACAGAACAAUAGUCAAGAAUCGACGCAAUACAUGAGUGAAUGUCCAAUGAGACAGGCUGAAGCAAGAAAUAGCAGCAACAACAAUGAUAUAGAUCCAAAAAACAUGAUGCCUCCUCCUAAUCAACAACCGUCUCCUGGUCAACCGUUCCCACUACCAACGGAUCGUCAAGUAUCAGGAAUACCAAGGGCCGACAAGGAAGGCGAAAACUGGGUUUAUCCGUCGCAACAAAUGUUUUGGAAUGCGAUGCUACGCAAAGGAUGGACUUGGAAAGACGAAGAUCUUAAGGCAAAGGAUAUGGAUGAUAUCAUAAAGAUACAUAACGUUAAUAAUGAGCAGGCUUGGAUGGAAGUCCUUAAGUGGGAGGCUCUUCAUGCUCACGAGUGCAAGAAACCUAAAUUAAAAUCUUUCGGGGGUAAAGCGAAAGAUUUUUCGCCCAGAGCCAGAAUUCGCUCAUGGUUAGGUUAUGAAUUACCUUUCGAUAGACAUGACUGGAUAAUAGAUCGUAAUGGAAGAGACGUUAGUGAGGAUUAUACGUUUACUAUACUCGACGUCAGACCUGCUUUGGAUUCAUUAGAUGCCGUAUGGGAUAGAAUGAGAGUUUGUUGGUGGCGAUGGAAAAGUAAAAUUUCAACGUCAGAUGUAAAAGAAUAA